AUGGACCAUUCCGAUGCAGGCAAUCUCAAGGAGGAAUUAAUGCUCCAUCAUCGUGUGCGAGAUGGUGAAAUGAAAGCCACAUACUUGGGAGGCGUCGCCUAUUGGGGCAAUCGUAAGGUUAAGGUGAGGUCGAAUCGUGUGAGGUGGCAGAGUAAGGACCAGGUGAGUGAGGGAGGCGGAAGGGAAGAGCGUCGAUGGUUCGUGUUGGCAGCGGUUAGCCAUGGCAUCUCGAUCAUGCAUGAUGCUGUGGCUGCAUCAAUUGGCUGCACCUCGGUCUCCCUCAAGGCUGUCAUCUCUCUUCGAGGACAAAGUAUGGGCAACCAGGAUUUGCAGCCCCUCCGGUCUCGGCACUGCUUGUGGUGGAGUGUGCUGGCAUGUUGCCGGCCCCAUUUACACUGGUGUGCAGUUGUGCAGCCACAGAAAGAGAUUGUCGUCGCCUCGAUACUCAAAAUCAGUGACGUGAAUGAGUGGCACUCCACUAUUGGCACCCGCUUGGAUGAAGCUUCGCUGAAGAUAAUGUGCUUGCAUAAAUCGUCCUUUGAGAAUGCCACCAGCUAA